AUGGCCAAGAUGAUGAGAUCGUUGGGUUAUUCGGAUGCUCAAAAGGUUAUUCCCACCACUUAUGCCUUGGAAGGCGAGGCUAAUAUAUGGUGGAAAGGCGUGCUAAGAAAAGUCCCAUCUAAUUAUGAGUGGACCUGGACUAAGUUUAAGAAAAGGUUUAAUGAAAAAUACUUUCCUCCAUGCUUUCGUUAUGAGAAAAUAUCUGAGUUUCUCAAAUUGAAACAAGGGAAUACGACUGUGCUGCAAUAUGAAGCGCGUUUCGAUGAAUUGUCACGAUAUAUACCAAAGGCUAUUGAGGACGAGGAAUAUAAAUUGGAAAAGUUUAAGGAAGGUCUCCGACCUGAAAUUCAGUCGAGAUUGUGCACCUUCGACUUUACUAACUUUGCUGAUAUCGUGGACAAAGCCAUGCGAAUAGAGGACUCCGACUGUAGGGCCAAAACACGUGCCCUUAUUCGAGGUUUGGCAAGUAAAGCCAAGACGGCACCAAUUGCAUCUCGUAUGGCUAAAGAGAGGAUGAAACUAAUGUCUCACCUAACUCAUUCUUCGGGUCAGGAUAAGCUUUGUGACUAUUGUGGAAGGUCAGGUCACUUCUUGAAGUAG